UGCACUCUCUCCCUUGCUCCUUCUCUCUCUGUACACACCCCCAGCAGGUGCUUUCUCUUCAGCUUUAGUUUGCAGUUGUGCUUUAGGCUGUGACUUUCAGGUUAAGUGUAAUUGUAGCCAAGAGGCUGGGAGGGUCAGAGGCCUCGGACUGGGGGCUCUGCCACACACAUCAGGGGAGAAGCACAUUGAAGGGUUCCUGCUGUCUGCUGCACCUCUGUCCUCAGGUAGCACCGGGUUCUCCUGAGUGAGCUGAGUGUGGGGGGGUCUGCAGCUGGGGAAAGUCCUUCAUCCUCAACAGAACCAGAGCGGCACUGAAUCAUCUCCCAUCCUGACGAGUCUUUGCCUCCAGCCAUCAGAGCAUCUUUGCCUCGUUUGCAGUUAUGUCAAACCCAGUGGGCAGUUUAUCAGAGGCCACUGUGUACGGGUCCAGGAUUGGGAUAACAGAGGACUCCCUCGCCAUCCUGGAGCGAAACAGAGGCUCCAGUGAACCCUGGGACCUGGAGGAGACCAAACCCAGCGUGCCGGGCCUCUACCUCUCCUGCUUUGACAUGCUCCUCACUGAGGACGCCACAUAUGUGGUGAAAGUCUCGGAUGCCUCCCCGGCACUGGCUGUUCCCAUGACUCGUAUGGAGCCCCGGGAUGAACCGGAGCAGUGCCCCGUCAUCGACAGCCAGGAGCAGGGACUCUCUCCCGGGCUGGAGGGUCAGGAGGAGGAGCGCUCUCUGGAGCAGGUGCAGAGCAUGGUGGUGGGAGAAGUGCUAAAGGACAUCGAAACCGCCUGCAAACUGCUCAACAUCACCCCAGACCCCAUGGAGUGGAACACAGGGAACGUGCAGAAGUGGCUGCUGUGGACUGAGCACCUGUACAGGUUACCCCAUGCUGGAAAGGCCUUCCAGGACCUCACAGGAAAGGAUCUGUGUGCCAUGAGUGAGGAGGAGUUUCGCCAGCGCUCGCCGCAGUGCGGAGACACGCUGCAUGCUCACCUCGACAUAUGGAAGUCAGCUGCCUGGAUGAAAGAGAGGUGCUCAGUCGGAGAAACAAAAAUAACAGUUGCUGAGGAGCUUUGGUCCGAGGCAGAUUCAUCUUGUUCAGGUCAGCCCAUUCACCUGUGGCAGUUCCUCAGAGAACUCCUGCUCAAACCUCACAACUAUGGACGCUGCAUCCGCUGGCUCAACAAAGAUAAAGGUAUUUUUAAAAUUGAAGACUCGGCUCACGUCGCGAGACUGUGGGGACUCAGAAAGAAUCGCCCUGCUAUGAACUAUGACAAGCUGAGCCGCUCCAUACGUCAGUACUACAAGAAAGGCAUCAUCCGCAAGCCUGAUGUGUCUCAGAGACUGGUGUACCAGUUUGUCCACCCAGUAUGAGGCGGCAGCGUCGUGGGAGGAAGGCGAGGCGAAUCCUACUAAACCUAAAGGACACAGUAUCUCACCGUGCACUUGAACACUUAAUCCUGAGAUGAGAAGGUGACAUGGUACACGCGCACUGACCAAACCCAAUGGUACACACUUCUCCUGCCAACGCUGUAGCAACAGCUGGCAGCUGCUGCAUGAAGGCUUAUCUGUGCAUCUGGGCCGAGAGGAAGAGACAAAACAACGUGGCUGUUGAGGCUUUAUCCUACUGCAGGAUAUAAAAAACAACCUUAAAAAAAAAGAACAAAAAUUAAAUAAACAAACUGCCUUUUCAGUUGCUUGAUCUGCCUGUUUAUUUUGCCGUGAUGUUAUUAUCCCACACUCAUUAAACUAAAUAGUAAAAACUGAUUGCUCUUACGUAUGAGUUUGAGGAAAACGCCCAUCGCCCUCAGCUACGUUUGUUUUGUCUUUUUGUUUCGCUCGUCUUGACCAGAGUCUGUUUGAGUUAGAGCCAGUUUCGCUGCCACAGGUGAAAAUUGUUUUGCUUUUUUUUGGGGUUUGGUCCUGACUGUUAAACACACAAUCAGUCAGUCAGUUUCUGUAACCCAUCAACAGCAGAACAGAGAGGUCUUUUAUCUCACCUUCAAGGCACAAACGAGACUGUUGUGAUUCUGGAAACAAGUGUGUAAACCUCUCAAGGAGCCUCGGACACUGCUGGGACUGUGUUUAUCCCACUUCACUGUUUCUUUUCUAAGAUUUGACUUAGAGAUACAGACUAAAGUGAUGAAUGCCCUUGUACUGUUUUCAUCGCUGAGGAGCUGAGACAGACUGUCUGUCAGCUCUGGUUUAUACUGCUGUAUAAUGCUUUUUAUAUCGUGGAUGUUUUACUUUGGAAUCACAAUGUGUAAUAAAAUAAGUAGAUUUCAAAUAAUCUUGUGAAUAAAUCAAGACAAAUUAUAUGAUA